AUAAUAAAGACCAGAGAAGCACAUUUUUCCUCUGCAACCCAAACAUGUCAUGUGGCCUCCAGAGAAACUGGAUUGCAAACUUUGCCUUCUGGGUUCACCUCCUUAAUAUCCAGGCGUUGGGCAAUGGUAGGAGUCCUCCAGCGGGCAGAUUUGCUGCCUUCCCAGACAAGAGGCAAGAUGAUUUUAUCAAAACACUGCAAGAUUAUGAAGUGGUCAGCCCAGCAAAAGUCAAUGCUUAUGGACAUUUUCUCUCAUACAGUUUACAUCACAAUGCCUCCAAUGUCCAAAGAAAAAGAGACUUCAGAAGAAAGGACACUAAAGUGUAUUACAGAAUUAAGUAUAAAGAGAAAGAUCUCUUCUUAAAUUUAACUUUUCAUCAAGGACUAUUGUCCAAUAAUUAUAUUCUGGAAAGGCGUUUUGGCAACUACACUAAUGCAAAGAUUGUCCCAUGCCUGGAAAUAUCAUGUCAUCUCAUUGGAACAAUCUCACAUCCAGAUUCCGGGAAUGGGAAGGCAGCAAUCAGCACUUGCAGUGGACUCACUGGAUAUUUCCAUCUGCCUGAUGGAGACUACUUCAUUGAACCAGUAAAGAACUAUCGGUCAGAAGACGGGGCUCAUCCACAUAUAAUCUACCGAGCAAACACCGUUCAAAAGGCUGUGCGGAAACGACGGGACACCUGGGCAGAGAAGAAACACGCUUGUGGAGUAAAUGUAGGACAGCGAUGGCAGGUGGUCAGACCAGCCAAAGUGCAGGCCCAAGCAGCUGCGGUCUCGGAGAUCCUGCGGCCCCAAUGUUCUCUCUGCCUAGGGGCACCUCUUUCCUUCCAAUGGAGCCUCCGCUGGCGAUGGAGGGGCGCGAUCGCCGUUCACUGGAUGUCUCUCCGAACUGCUAAUCCGUGCCGAGCCACCGCCAGAUGGAAAGGCAGGGAGAGGCGGGGAGGACGCAGCAGCCCGACCCCACCGUCGGCCAGCCGCCAGGCGCAGGAAGCGUGGAAGGUGCAGGAGGAUGCCGGCAGAAAGGGCGCCGGGUGGAUGAACACGCCGAGACGCCGAGGAGGAAACGCCCGGCCGAUCGAGAGGCCGAGAGCACCAGGAUCUCCAAGCAAUGGUCCCCUGCAGGAAGCAGCUGCUCUGAGCGGCGCGGCGGCGAGGACGGCAGGCCAGCCCCCCGACAGCGAAGGCAAAGAGAUGGAAGCAGCAACGCCGCAGAUCCCGCCCGCGGAGAGCGGAGCGGCAGCAGGAGACAGGCCGCACGAUAGGUUUCAGCCCUGCAGUAUUUUUGGGCUAUGGCUCGGUCGAGAGGAUUUGCAGCCGGUGACUGGAUAUUUCCAUCUGCCUGAUGGAGACUACUUCAUUGAACCAGUAAAGAACUAUCGGUCAGAAGACGGGGCUCAUCCACAUAUAAUCUACCGAGCAAACACCGUUCAAAAGGCUGUGCGGAAACGACGGGACACCUGGGCAGAGAAGAAACACGCUUGUGGAGUAAAUGAAACUUUGAACUUUUUCAAACAACAAGAGCUUCGGAGAGAGAAAUGGGAAAGAAACCACUUGGUGACAAAGGCAGCUUCGCGCCGCUCUGUCAGCAGAGAACGCUGGGUGGAGACUCUGGUGGUGGCUGACAGCAAGAUGAUUGAGUAUCAUGGAAGUGAGAAUGUGGAAUCCUAUAUUCUCACUAUCAUAAAUAUGGUGGCAGGUUUGUUCCAUGAUCCAAGCAUUGGCAACGCGAUCCAUAUUGUGCUGGUUCGUCUUAUUCUUCUUGAGGAAGAAGAGCAAGGGCUGAAAAUAGUUCACCAUGCAGAUAAGACAUUAGCCAGCUUCUGCAAAUGGCAGAAGAGUAUAAACCCCAAGACAGAUAACAACCCACUCCAUCACGAUGUGGCCGUGCUUCUUACCAGAAAAGACAUUUGUGCCGGCAUGAAUCGUCCAUGUGAAACCCUGGGUUUAUCCCAUCUCUCUGGAAUGUGUCAACCUCAUCGCAGCUGUAACAUCAAUGAGGACUCUGGGCUGCCCUUGGCAUUCACAAUAGCACAUGAAUUGGGGCAUAGUUUUGGUAUCCAGCAUGAUGGAAAAGAAAAUGACUGUGAGCCGGUGGGGAGACGCCCAUACAUCAUGUCCCGCCAGCUGCAAUAUGACCCUACUCCUCUUACUUGGUCUCGCUGCAGCAAAGAAUACAUCACACGUUUCCUAGACCGAGGAUGGGGCUUCUGCCUGGAUGAUGUUCCAAAGAAGAAAGACCUAAAGCCACCUUUCAUCGCACCUGGAGUGCUGUAUGAUGUCCAUCACCAAUGCCAGUUGCAGUAUGGACCCAAUGCAACCUUCUGUGAUCAAGUAGAUAAUAUAUGCCAGACCUUGUGGUGUUUUGUGAAAGGCUCCUGCCGUUCCAAACUGGAUGCUGCAGCAGAUGGAACAAGAUGCGGAGAGAAUAAGUGGUGCUUCACAGGGGAGUGCAUAACCGUGGGCAAGAGCCCCGAAGCUGUUCAUGGUGGAUGGGGGCCGUGGUCACCAUGGUCACAUUGCACACGGACUUGUGGAGCCGGCGUUCAGACGGCGGAGAGGCAGUGCAAUAACCCAGAACCACAAUUUGGAGGAAAGUAUUGUACAGGAGAGAGAAAACGCUAUCGGAUGUGUAAUAUUAAACUGUGCCGAAAAGUUACACCAAACUUUCGGCAGAUGCAGUGCAGUGAGUUUGAUACAGUCGCCUACAAAAAUGAGUUCUACCAGUGGAUUCCAGUUUAUAACCCAGCUAAUCCUUGUGAACUUCAGUGUCGUCCUGCAAACAACCACUUUUCAGAAAAAAUGCUAGACGCUGUUAUUGAUGGCACACCUUGCUUUGAAGGAAACAACAGCAGAGACGUCUGUAUUAAUGGCAUGUGUAAGACGGUUGGCUGUGAUUAUGAGAUAGAUUCCAAUGCAACUGAAGAUCGAUGUGGGGUUUGUCAAGGGGAUGGGUCCUCCUGCCAGACAGUGAAGAUAACAUUCAAUCAGAGUGAAGGAUUAGGUUACGUUGAUAUUGGCCGGAUUCCAAAAGGCGCAAGGAAUAUCAAAGUGAUCGAAGUGGCAGAAGCAGGGAAUUUCCUUGCAUUACGGAGUGAGAAUCCAGAGAAGUAUUAUCUGAAUGGGGGCUUCAUUAUCCAAUGGAAUGGAGACUACAAAGUGGCAGGAACGAUAUUUCAGUAUGGGAGAAAAGGAGACCUGGAAAACCUCACUGCUCCUGGACCUACAAAUGAAUCUGUAUGGCUGCAGCUACUCUUUCAGGAGAAUAACCCUGGAAUAAAAUAUGAAUAUACUCUCCGUAAAGACUGGAGCUCGGAGAAUGAAGUGGAAGAGCCGGAGUAUUUCUGGCAGUACGGGAGCUGGACAGGUUGCAGUGUGACUUGUGGACGUGGCUUCCAACGACAAACUGCCCGCUGUGUGAAAAAGGGGAAAGGUGUGGUGAAAACCCUGUUUUGCGAUCCAGAAACACAACCAAAUGGAAAGCAAAAGAAAUGCAUUGAAAGAGAUUGUCCACCAAGAUGGUGGGCAGGAGAAUGGCAGAAAUGCUCAACUACCUGUGGUCCAACAGGAGAGAAGAAAAGGACUGUCCUCUGUGUCCAAGCCAUGGGGCUUGAUGAGCAAGCCUUGCCUGCUGAAGAGUGCCAGCAUCUACUGAAACCAAAGACUCGCCUUUCAUGCAACAGGGAUGUCCUCUGUCCAUCUGAUUGGACAGUAAGCAACUGGACUGAGUGUACAGUUACCUGCGGUGGAGGAGUACGAACUCGUCAUAUCACCUGUCCCAAAAAUAAUGGAGAACCCUGUGACAUUUUAAAGAAACCUCAUUCUAAAGCACUGUGUGGUCUCCAACAAUGCCCACCCACCAGAAGACCACUGUUUCCCCACUUCAAAGUGCUGAAUGGAAAGAUAAUCAGGAGAAUUGGACCCAAUACCAAAAGAGGCCCUGUCAAUGAUUUUCCCACCCAAAAGCCAAAACCAGGCAUCUCAACCACCACCAUCGCCAUUUCCACCUCCACACAUGUAACUCAGCCCGUUACUUCAAUACCAACACCAUUUAGCCUUAGGACUUCUUCCCAACAAGAAGACUUGGAAGUAACAACAACAGUAAAAAUUAAUUCUAGUAACUCAAGCAUUCACAAUUAUUCCUAUGCAUUUAGUGAUAACAGUUCACUGAAAAAUACCACUUGGAAACCCCUGACAGAUAAUUCAAGUGUUUCGGAGUCUACAGACAUCUCCACGAUAAAGCCCUGUCAUUUUUCAGUGAGCGGUUUUAUAAAUAACUCCAUUUCCACUGACCCCAUGUCUAGCACUGUGAUCUCAGAGUAUUCAACUGAAGUAGCCAACCCAAUUUCUACUAAUACUGAUGGAGGAGCAAAAGACAAAGUUGAGAGUGAAUGGACAACACAACGAUCUUCUGUUACUAUCACUGGCCAGAUGUCACCAACUUCACCUACAGUGCAUCUUCCUGACACUUCUAGCCAGAUUUCAGUUAUCCCAACAGAAGAGGUUUUGCUGACCACAGUAGGUCCCAAAGACCUACAGAUAAAUAAACCUACAGCAGCAGAUGCUGUUACAGAACAACCAGCCCAGUUGGAGGACAUAUUAAGGGAUGAGAACAAAACAACAUCAGGAUGA